AUGAUCGCCUCACAAGCCGCUAUUCUGCUCGCUAAGAGCUCAACUGCCAUCUUUGAGUCCAAUACAAUGCCCUCCUUACGCGCAAGUAACGGCAUUGCGGGGAUGGUCUCUAGCGCUGGCGUACUACCAAUCGUAAUGGGUAUGUGGAGUCUCCAUAAGAUGCAUCUGACAGAGCCAUGGAUUCUUUUCUUGUCUGUUGCCACCGUCAUCGUUUCUGAAUUUACGUUGUACUGGACACAUAAGGCACCAACCGUUGAUCAACUUAGUGCCUUUGACUAUAACGGAUGGCCACAGAGCUGUGGUGGGUAUGCGCCGCCAUUGAUUUACUGUGCAGACCACAGUGAGGCCUAUUAUCUAAGGGUCCCAGUUGUCUUUUUCUGGCAAGUGCUCAAUCCUUAUUGUCUGAUUGUAUUCGGACUGGAUGUUAUAUUGUGGCUGCGGCCAUAUCUCGCCAAGAUAGUAGAUAACAAAGGAAUUUGUCAGAGGUCCUUCUUUCAUCUAGGCCUUGACAAUUCCUUGUUCGAAGGUGAAAAAUUGGCCGCGUCCGUUUGGGCGGCAUGGAUUAAGAGGUUCCCUAGCCUGCUUACAUUCUGUGUUGAGUCGCUCUUCGUCGCAGCUGUCUUUUUAGAAUGUUUGUGUUUUGCGGAGUUUGUGCACAUCAAAGUGAUCGACUUCUCAAAUUGGGGCUUUGGCCAGAUCGUCGCGAUGACCAUAUGGUUCCCCGUGGUUAGCAAAUAUGCCUAUAUAUUUUUAUUUGGCACCCAGUCUUAUUCGCAAGCACGCAUGCCUGAGUCCGAUCACGUUGACAACAAUGAAGAGAAAUCUAAUCAAUAUGCGGAUAUUGAAUCAUCAGGUUUGAAGUCAUCGGAUCUUACCGAGCACAAAUCCAAGGUUAACAUGGAAGGGAUCCGUGAUGAAGUAGACCAGGAAACUACAUUUUGA